AUGUUUCAGGUGAAACCUGGACUCGUCUCAUGCGCGCACGCAACCGGUCCGAUCCCAAAUCCACAAGACUGUGGCAGCUUCCUGCAGUGUGAACCAUCAGGCAGGAUAGUGACCCGGCAGUGCCCAGCGGGUCUGGAGUUCAAUGCAUGGCGGCGUGUGUGCGACUACCCUGAGAGGGCUCGCUGCUCCACCGGCGGCUGGCGUCCACGACCACCACCACCACCACCACCACCUGCACAGGAUGAGCAGACUCCCGCGGAAGACGACAGUCCCGCAGUAGAGGAACCAGUUACCCCUCCAGCCGACGCCCCCGAGUGUCCAGCCGUGGAGAAUCCCGAAGAAGCUGUUCAGCUGCCCAAUCCGAAGGACUGCGGCAGCUUCUACAAGUGUGACGCGGCUGGAGUGGCCUGGCUAAAUGCCUGCCCUGCUGGUCUUGAGUACAACGCGAGGCUCAGAGUUUGCGAUUACCCAGAGAAUGCUGGUUGCUCUCGGCCGGGCCCCGUUGAAGAGCCUGCCGAAGAACCGGCUGAGGAAGCAGAAGAAGACAACGCUGAAGACGAAGCCGGUGAAAUUGAGCAACCAGCGAAUCCUCCGGCCGAUGCCCCCGAGUGUCCAGCCGUUGAGAAUCCCGAAGAAGCUGUUCAGUUGCCCAAUCCGAAGGAUUGCGGCAGCUUCUACAAGUGUGACGCGAGUGGAGUGGCCUGGCUAAAUGCCUGCCCUGCUGGUCUUGAGUACAACGCGAGGCUCAGAGUUUGCGAUUACCCAGAGAAUGCUGGUUGCUCUCGGCCAGGCCCCGUUGAAGAGCCUGCCGAAGAACCGGCCGAGGACGCUGCUGAACCAGCAGAAGAAGAGAACGCUGAAGAAGAAGCCGGUGAAGCCGAUCAAGCAGAGGGUCCUGCAGCCGAUGCCCCCAAGUGUCCAGCCAUCGCGAAUCCCAAGGAAGCUAUCCAGCUUGUCAACCCUAGCGACUGCGGCAGCUUCUACAAGUGCGACGAGAACGGAGUCGCCUGGCUGAUACCGUGUCCUGCUGGCCUUCACUACAACGCAAAGCUGAGGGUGUGCGACUACGCUGCGAAUGCCGGCUGCUCGUCAGCGUGA